GAAGCUUCUCUGUUCAGCUGGGAAAGUUUCUUUCUUGACGUUGUAUUCUCUUUUGACUUUGAUUGGAAACCAAACCCAUAUCUUUUAUCCUUUGAAAUUGCAGAGUUUCCUCAUGCCUAUUCAAAUCUCUGACUAUAAUACCUUUCUGGGUCUUCGAUCAUCACAAAAUUUCCUUGGAUUUUCCCUUCGACAUUCCAAUUAGCUUCCUGCGUAUCUUUUAAUUCCAUAAGUUAUAAUGAGGGCACCAUCACUACUUUCCCAGUGCUUGCCUGGCUUGGUGCCUCAAGAUAAAGGAAGCCACAGCUCUCCCUCCAUUUCAGAGAGAGAUGUCCAUCUCCCGUCACCAGCUGUUGAGAUUCUCCCUUCAAAGACAGCUCAUCCAUACAAAUAUGCAGGGGAGAACGUAGAUUUGCAAGGUCUCAAUGUUUUUAAGGGUAGAGUUAGUGUUGCCGAUAUAAUUGGCUUUAACGGCUCAGAGUCUGCAUCUUCAAAACCUGAAGGUCAUCUGAAAUCCUGGGACAGUUCCAUUGAUCUUGUAAAUGUCCUUAAGCACGAGAUCCGUGACGGACAACUGAGCUUUAGGGGCAAAAGAGUACUAGAGCUAGGUUGUAGCUAUGGACUUCCCGGGGUGUUUGCUUGCCUCAAGGGAGCAAGCAUAGUGCACUUUCAAGACCUGAGUGCAGAAACUGUUAGAUGCACAACCAUACCGAACGUCCUUGCCAAUCUCGAACAAGCUCGGGACAGGCAGAGCAGACAGCCAGAGAGUCCCUUAACUCCGUCUAGACAUACUUUGGCCCCAUCGGUACAUUUUUAUGCUGGUGACUGGGAUGAGCUCCCAACAGUCUUAUCUGUUGUUAGGGGUGAUGGAUUCGAAGCACCCACCGGAAUGAGCUUAAGCUUCUCUGAAGAAGAUUUUAUGGAUGGUUGCAGCAGUCAAGAUGGUAGCAUCAUCGGCCAUGAGUCUUCCUCAAGGAGAUCAAGGAAACUGUCAGGAAGUCGAGCAUGGGAAAGGGCUAGUGAGAUCGAUCAGGGAGAAGGUGGAUACGAUGUCAUUUUAAUGGCGGAAAUCCCAUAUUCACUCAACUCUUUGAAGAAGCUAUAUGCACUGAUAAAAAAGUGUGUGAGACCUCCCUAUGGAGUGUUAUACUUGGCCACAAAGAAGAAUUACGUCGGUUUCAAUAGCGGAGCGAGGCAUUUGAGGAGUUUAGUCGAUGAGGAAGGCGUUUUUGGAGCUCACUUGGUGAAGGAGAUGACCGACCGAGACGUUUGGAAGUUCUUUCUCAAGUGAAAGAAUGGAAAAAACAGGACAAACUCUUGAAGAAAUGAUGCAGUGAAGUCCAUGUGCAGGUGCCUUUUGUCACAGCAAUCAAGUUUUAUGUAAUAAUAUUUAUCACAAAGCAUAUGCAAUUAAUGGAGUUGCCUAAAUUAGAAGGGGAAUUGUUUAGUCAGUGAAGCAUUUAUUAUACUUUGAUUGUAUAAUCUGUAUUUUUUUUUUCUUUAGUUUCUUGUCAAUUUUGUGAGGAUUCUCCUUGCUGUUGCUGUAAAUUAAACCUUCAGUAAAUCAAAAGUUCAAUGUCAUUAUUAUUAUUAUUAUUA